AUUCUAGGUCUUCCGACGAGGGUCAAAAUUGUGUGCCAUUCGGUGAUGGAUUACGUUAUGAACACAUCAUACGGAAGCUUCAAUUCAAGGCAAACCUGAAUUAUAAGAAGUUAAUAUCGACUCCCUAGAGACCACUAGCUGGAUAACGUCCGAAGCAGCCAAUGAGCCUUUGUCCUGCAUUGCUCUAACGUGAUGGCUGAUAUCGCUAGCCUACCAUUUCGUGAUGCCUUGGGCUAGGAGAAGAGGCAACCUUUGGAUGGUUUGUGGUGUAUCUUGCAUGACAGAACUCUUGGAUCAAGGUAUCUCCGACUAACGGUCACAGGGUACCAAGCAUGGUGUGAGAGGUAUAUGUAUAACUCAGAAGACGUCCAUUCUGGAAGAUUGUGAAUGCCUUGUAAAAGCUCUUCAGAUGCAGAUUUUCCCGGUUCAACACCUGCAGGGGACUCGAAAUGCGUGUUGCAGUGGUCGGUGCCGGCCCCUCUGGAUUGGUGACUCUGAAAUAUCUCUUAACGGCACAUGAGUUUCUUGGUGUCGAGGCAAUUGAAGCGCGGGUGUUUGAAAUCGAACCUGACAUUGGCGGGACCUUCUUGGCUCGCACAUGGGAGGAUGCCGAGAUGGUUUCCUCCAAGCAGUUGACGGCCUUCUCGGACUUUCGCCCGCGAGAUAUGGACCCGGACUUUCUGAGUACUAAACGUUACCUGGAAUAUCUCCACGAUUAUUGUACCCAUUUCCAACUUUGGCCGCACAUUCAUCUCCAAACCUCAGUUCAGUCCAUCUCUCGUCAUAAGGGUGGGGGGCAUUUGGUGGAGUAUCAAGACCAGCGUACGAUGAAGCAGUGCAGGUGGUCGUGUGACGCAGUUGCCAUCUGCUCUGGACUCCAUGUCACUCCAACUGUCCCUCCUAUUCCUGGAUUGGAGAAAGUACCCACAGUUAUUCACUCGUCACAGUUUAAGGAAAGGGCACAGUUCGGUAGUAACCGGACGAUUUUGAUCCUUGGGGCUGGAGAGACGGCCACAGACAUUGCGCACCUCGCAGUGACAUCGCCAACUAAGAGAGUAGUGAUGUCGCAUCGGAAAGGUUUUCAUUUGGCCCCAAAGCGCAAUCUUGACCCAGUAAUUCUACCGAUCCUAGGCCGCAGGACCUGCGAUAGGCUGACGGUGCCUAUUGACACGAGCCGACCUAGUCUUUUUGACACCGCGUAUGUUCACCCGCUCUUGAGGAACCAUACCUUCCUCUGGAGGAUGUACCAAGUUUACAUCCAAUCGAUGCUGUGGACCACGACAGGGACUACUGCGGGCUUUGAUCAAUGGGUCGGUGGCUUUCGCCCAGAUCAAAAUGAUCCUUCUAAAAUAUUCCUUAACAAGGCCAGUCAAGUGGCUCCAUAUAUAAGCGCCCCAUAUAGACACCUCGAUGGCUCUUUGACGCAGCGGAUCCGCUCAUCUUUGAUUCAGAUUCCAAUUCCCGACACCCGGGGAAGGCAGGUGGAUGUCGCCCCUUGGCCCGAGGAAAUCGACGAAGAAGGAGUAGUCCAUUUUGUCAACAAUGAGCGCCCUGAGUACUAUAAGAUGAAGAACCAGAUAGUCCGCCCAGAUAUUGUCAUCUACUGCACCGGGUAUCAGCCAGAGUUUCCCUUCUUGACUAAUCACGAUAAUGGCAGACCUUAUUCCUCGGCAGGUGAUGCUGAUGUGCGGAAUACCUGGGCCCGAGAUGAUCCGACAGUCGGAUUCAUUGGCUUCCUUCGCCCAUCACUAGGUGCGAUUCCCCCUCUUGCGGAGAUGCAAGCGCAGCUCUGGGUGCUUCGGAUCGCUGCUCCCCAUCGCAUCCCUCGGGUCCUCGUCUUGUCUGAUCAAUCUCAUUACCAAAUCGAGCCACCCCCUGGUUCGCGGCCAUACUGUUACUACGGCGUCGACCAUGAAAGCUACGUGUACCAAUUAGCGUUGGACAUGGAUUCGGCACUCGGAUUUACGGAGGUUCUUCGACUGGGACACAGAAAUUGGAGAAUCCCCUUAGUAUGGGCUCUGAGCUCAAACAUUAACACAAAGUUCCGACUCCGCGGGCCAUGGCGCUGGAAAGGUGCCGAGAAGGUGAUGGUGGGGGAGAUGUGGGAUACCAUCUGCCGCCGGAGGCUUUUCUUUGAGCAUUUCCUGUUUGCAUUCCUUCCAUUUGUCAUCGUUGGCCCGAUAAGCCUUCUGUGCUAUGUGUAUGCCUCAGUCCACCGUCUUUUGGGCUAUAUUUAGCCUAGUCGACAAACCCCGUCAAGCAAGGCACCAGCAUAUAGGAAAUGAUUAUUAGAUCGCUAACCCAUCCUUGCAUGGUACGGAGGACACGGUACCUAUGCCUAUUGGAGAAUCUAAGGUGUGAGAGCGUCCCACAGCACAUGUCAUCAUGACCUUGCGGCCGCAAAGUAUCCAGGGUUGGUUACUGGUUUGAGUAAAGGCUGUUAAUCAGAUAAGGAAACAUGCACACAUUGGCAGAAACAUUGAUGACUGCCGUAACAGUAGGGCAGUCAGGACAGGACCUGAUUCUUGAGCCUUUCUAUUAUCCUAGGAGGCCCGUUGUACGCCGGAUAGUAUGGCCAGCCAUUCAAU